AUGAGGAGGGGCGAUCCUAGAUUUUUGUUAUGUUAAUAUCAAUUACCUGAGGAAGCUGCGAGAGCAUUUACAGAAUUGGAUAACAAGAUUGUGUUGGGGAGAAUCUUUCUUUUUAUACCUGCGUUUAAAGAGGAUAAGGAAGAAUAAUUUAAAAUAGGAAUAAUAAUUAAACAAAGAGAAAAUCAUUUCCCAAGAAAAAAAUCUUCAUACAAAAAGUUUAAGAAAUAAUAAAUGCUUGAGACUUACUUAAUGAUACUACAUCAUAGAUUACUUUUUCUUAAUCCUAUUACGAUUAUUGAAGGAAUUUGUAAAAUAUACUCUUUUUGGUUAAAAAAGAAUCUUAUCUGA